ACGAUGUGCUGAGAGCGUGUGAAGGAGUGAGAGAGCGGGACGGAGAGACUGUGCUGAGGUGACAGCGGAGCAAAUCAAAGGCUUUAAGAUGAAGCAAGUGACCUGCACGGCUCCGGUGAACAUCGCCGUCAUCAAAUACUGGGGGAAGAGGAACGAGGAGCUGAUUCUCCCGAUUAACUCGUCCCUCAGUGUUACGCUGCAUCAGGACCAGUUAAAAACCACGACCACUGUGGCAGCGAGCCGGGACUUCACGGAGGACCGCAUCUGGCUGAAUGGGAAAGAAGAUCAAAUCAAUCAGCCCCGACUGCAGUCCUGUUUACGAGAGAUCCGUCGCCUGGCGAGAAAGAGGAGGAGCAGCGGAGAGGACAGCGUCUCAAGAAUCCUAAAUUACAAGGUUCACAUAUGCUCCGUCAACAACUUCCCCACAGCUGCCGGGCUGGCGUCUUCUGCUGCUGGAUACGCCUGUCUGGUGUACACCCUAGCAAAGCUCUAUGGCGUAGAAGGUGAGCUUUCGGAAAUCGCCAGGCAGGGUUCUGGCAGCGCCUGCAGGAGCAUGCACGGAGGCUUUGUCCAGUGGGUCAUGGGUGAGAGAGAAGACGGCAAGGACAGCCUGGCUCAGCAGGUGGAACCAGAAACCCAUUGGCCCGAACUGCGGAUCCUGAUCCUGGUGGCCAGUGCGGAGAAGAAGCAUGUUGGCAGUACGGCGGGCAUGCAGACGAGUGUGGAGACCAGCCCUCUACUCAAGCUCCGGGCUGAAUCCGUGGUGCCAGGGCGAAUGGGCGAGAUGAUUGAAGCCAUCAAGAAUAAGGACUUUGAAGCCUUUGGACAACUGACCAUGAAGGACAGUAACCAGUUUCAUGCCACGUGCCUGGACACCUUCCCCCCAAUAUUUUACCUGAACCAGGUUUCCCAGAGAAUAAUCAGCCUGGUCCACCGGUACAAUAACCACUACGGGCAGACCAAGGUUGCCUACAGCUUUGAUGCAGGUCCUAAUGCCGUCAUCUUCGCCCUUGAACCAACAGUCAAUGAGUUUGUGGAGAUUGUGAAGCGUUCCUUCCCUCCAGAGCCCAACGGAGACCCAUAUCUCAAGGGGCUCCAGGUCAGCCCUGCUCCUCUGUCUCAAGAACUCUUGUCGGCAGUAGAGACCGAUGUGUUCCCAGGAGGUGUGCACUACGUCAUUGUCACACAGCCAGGACCAGGUCCAGUAGAAUCACAAGAUCCCUCCCUGGAUCUGUUGGGACCUGACGGCCUCCCCAAGACAAGUGCCUGACGUUACAUGACUUCAAAUGGCGGCUUGUGUUUGGUCCUGGGGCGGCGAGCCGUGCGGAUUCCUCAGCGGCGUUCACAGCAUCUCGGGAAAGUCCCUUCAGAGCGGCCACAUUCUUACAAGGACAUUUAUAUCCUGACUUUUUACCAUAAUGAUCAUUUUGUAUCAGUUACUCCCAUUUUUAUUGGGAAAAUAAAGCAAAAACACUAAUUGAUAAUUUUCG